GCCUUGUUUCAGUUAUCUGGGUGUCGUGUCGUGUCUGCUAGUAAAAUCCAUGGAGUCAUGAACCAUGUGCAUGCGGUUCUCUAUUGACGAAAAUACCCUUCAUAAAUCAUCAUUAUCCCCCUCUGGCCCCCUCCCUGUCUUUAAUUAUCUCCGAAUGCCACUUGCUUCAUCGGCUCAGAACCAGAAUAUUCAAAACCCUGAAGAAAAAAAAAAACUCUGACAUCUCUCUCUCUCUCUCUCUCUCUCUCUCUCUCUCUGUUGCUUCUUCUUUAGUGCAAAGUUUAGAAAAGAUUAGAUAAAGAGAAAUAGUGGGGCGGAGGAAGAGAAAAGAGAGAAAUGGGUAUGGGAACAAGCACAUUUGUCAUCAGAUGGAUCAACUUUCUCACCAUGCUGUUAGCAAUUGCCGUUGUAGUUUUUGGGGUAUGGAUGAGCACUCAUCAUGAUAACUGUCGGAGAUCCCUCACUAUCCCUGUUAUAGGCAUUGGCGCCGUCAUCUUUUUAGUCUCUAUAAUCGGCUUCUUGGGUGCGCUGAAAAAUAGCUCCAUACUGUUGUGGAUUUAUCUGAUUCUCUUGUGCUUCAUAUCGGUGGGAGUUUUGGUGUUCACAGUAUUAGCGUUCAUUGUCACAAAUAAUGGUUCUGGUCAUAGCGUAGCUGGCUUGAGGUACAAGGAGUAUCAACUCCAUGAUUACAGUCCAUGGUUUGUAAAACAAUUGAACAAUACCCGUAACUGGAAGCACUUACAGAGUUGUCUUGUGAAAUCUGAUGACUGCAAAAACCUAUCCAAAAAGUAUAAGACUCUCAAGCAAUACAAAUUGGCAAAGCUAACCCCUAUCGAGGCUGGUUGUUGUCGACCACCAUCUGAAUGCGGUUAUCCUGCUGUUAAUGCUUCAUACUAUGACAUGAGCUUCCACCCAGUUAGUUCGAACAAGGACUGCAAACUUUACAAAAAUGCCCGAGACAUUAAGUGCUACAAUUGCGAUUCAUGCAAGGCUGGAGUUGCACAAUACAUGAAAACUGAGUGGAGAGUGGUUGCGAUCUUUAACGUGGCUCUAUUUGUUGUUCUGUCUAUGAUAUAUUUUGUGGGAUGCUGCGCGAGACGAAAUGCUGCAAGAAUCCGUUCUAAAGAUUAGAAAUGGCCCUACCUCAGAAACCCUCCAAGGGGGAGAAAACUGUUGUUCCUGAAGAUCUAUUUGUGCAACCUGUGAAUGAUUUCUUCUUGUUGUUGAUUGAAACAAAGAAAUUGUUCCUUUAUAGAAUGGGUCACUACUUUCUGGCUGGAGGCUAUCUGUCAAAAGUUUUUGUAAAAAAUGAUUUAUGAUUCUAUGGAAACAAAUUAUAUAAUUUCUUUAACAGUCAGAGAUUUGAGUGUGAAGUAUUAUUUUCUGUUA